UUAGCGUAGACGCAUUGACGUCACUGACAUCGAGGUACCAAGAGAGGACAGAAAUCAGCAGCAGGAGAAAUAAACAGCGGCAGUAUCCGAUAUAAUUAUAUCAAACCAGAGAGCUCCUUAGCAUCUCCUGUAUAAAACGUGCUAAAAUGGCCACCUCCUCCCCCAAUCUUGAAGAAGACGAGAGUCUGAGGGGCUGUGAAGUAUUUGUGCAGAAACACAACAUCCAACAGAUUCUGAAAGAGUGCAUUGUCAGUUUGUGCAUCGCCAAACCUGAGCGUCCUAUGAAGUUCCUACGGGAACACUUUGAAAAGCUGGAGAAGGAAGAAAGCAAGCAAAUCUUGGCACGACAGAAGUCUAACUCUCAAUCAGACUCACAUGAUGAUGAAGUUUCUCCUCCUCCUCCAAACCCUGUGGUGAAGGCCCGACGCAGGAGAGGGGGGGUCAGCGCAGAAGUCUACACAGAAGAGGAUGCAGUCAGCUAUGUCAGGAAGGUAAUCCCAAAGGACUACAAGACAAUGACAGCCUUGGCUAAGGCCAUUUCUAAGAAUGUGCUGUUUGUCCAUUUGGAUGACAAUGAGAGGAGUGACAUAUUUGAUGCCAUGUUCCCUGUCACACACAUUGCUGGAGAAACAGUCAUUCAACAAGGUGAUGAAGGGGAUAACUUUUAUGUAAUUGACCAAGGAGAAGUUGAUGUAUAUGUGAAUGGCGAGUGGGUGACCAGUAUUGGAGAGGGUGGCAGUUUUGGGGAGCUAGCUCUGAUAUAUGGAACUCCACGUGCUGCCACUGUUAAAGCUAAGACUGAUCUCAAGCUUUGGGGUAUAGACCGUGACAGCUACCGGCGGAUUCUUAUGGGCAGUACACUGAGAAAGAGGAAGAUGUAUGAAGAGUUCCUGAGUAAGGUGUCAAUCCUUGAAUCUCUGGAGAAAUGGGAAAGGCUGACAGUGGCUGAUGCUUUGGAGCCUGUACAGUUUGAAGAUGGGGAAAAAAUUGUGGUGCAGGGAGAACCAGGGGAUGACUUCUUCAUCAUCACAGAGGGGACAGCAUCUGUCCUGCAGCGCAGAUCUGACAAUGAGGAGUAUGUAGAGGUGGGCCGCCUUGGACCCUCUGACUACUUUGGUGAGAUAGCACUGCUCUUGAACAGGCCGCGUGCAGCCACUGUGGUGGCCAGAGGUCCACUGAAAUGUGUAAAGCUGGAUAGGCCACGCUUUGAGCGCGUUUUAGGGCCCUGCUCCGAAAUCUUGAAGAGAAACAUCCAGAGAUACAACAGCUUCAUCUCCCUCACUGUCUGAACCACCACACCAAUGGCCUCCAGGCUUGAUUACAUUAAAUAGUUCAGGAUAAUUCACUUUACACUUAUUUAAAGGGUUUCAACUUGUUUCUUUGUGAAUCUUCUAUGUAACCAGGCUUCUUUUUUGUUUGUUUUUUUAAUACAUGUUUUGUGCAACAAAGAUGUGGUGUGAAUGAUGGAGUGCAAGCUGUAGGCUUUAUUCAGUAUCUUUUUUUUGGUGCAUUUUUUAUUUCACUUAUUCUCUUAUUUCUCUUAUUCACUUCUACUGGUACCAUCAUGUGGGCUUAUUUAUUAAUUAUGAGAUCUGAAGAGAUGGAUCAGAGAGGAUGUGUACAUUUUACAUUCUGGUGCAUGCAAUUCCAUUCGAAGUGAAGAGAGCAAUUUUGAGAGCAAGUUUGAGACAGGGAUAUUUGGCUUAAUUGUAUAUUGCCUUUUUGCUUAGGGUUUUGGUUCUUAAUCCAUAUGCUGUGUCAUUGAAUUCUUGUGUGUGUGUGUGUGUGUGUGUGUUUCUGAAGACAGACCUGAGCUAUUCAGUAGUAAUAUUUUCUUAGUAAAAUCCUCUACAGUUAGGGGAUCUAAGUAUAAAUCUCAUAAACUUUCCCUACAGUGGAUCUCCAAUUGAUAGAAAUAUGAAAAUUAGGGUGUUGUUCUGAAGUAAGAUGUGUUUUUUUUAUUCAGGAGAGUAAGCUUGCUGUAUCCUGAUGUUUCCUGAAAGCUUACUGAAAUUACCUGUUUGUUGUUUGUUGUACAAUACCAUUAUUUGGUUGAGACUUUGUUUCAGGUAAAGAGUGAUUUUAGACAAUUUACAGAUUUGAUUCUGUAUAGUGUCAAUACACAAAAUACAAAUGCAAACAUACUCAUUCCAUUUUUAAAGUCAAUAAAGAAACAUUGCUGAA